AUGUUCAGAACCUGCUUCAUCAAACUAAAUCAAAUAACAUCUAGGCGAUUUCUUCAGACUUCUGCCGAAAGCGCAACAAAGACAGCUGCCCAGGCUUCCAAGACAAUAUCUGAAACUCCUGUUUCUACAAAAAAAGGUGCAAGAGGAGAAUUGGAAACAGCAAGAGAGCAGAUCCCAAUUAUUCCCGAGGGCCACUUUUCCCAGGCUCCAAAUAGAGAUUCAACAUGGUCUCCAUCGCAGAUUUCCAGAGAAGAAGUCUAUAAAAAUAAUGUCAGGUUUGUGGGCAGAGAUUUGAGCAAACAGCCUUUUGCAGAAGCUGCCAUAGAAUUAACGAAGAUGCAACCCAUCCAUUAUGUGAGCUCUGAUAUUGCCGUUUGUCAGGGUACUACAAGUCUGCUGGGCCACCCUAAGGUGUACAUCAAUCUAGAUAAAGAUAUGGUGGGACAUUGUGGAUAUUGUGGUGCAAAGUAUGCCAGAGAGGAAUUGAAGGGUAAGCUGUGA